AUGCAUCUUACAUCGCUCCUCGCUACCUCCCUGGCCGUGGCCUCGGUGCCCGGCACUCUCGCCUACCCGGGUAUGGGCAACCAGAUCUCCGAGAUCAUGUCCCGCGCAGCGGACAAAGGAGACUCCAAUGAGCUUCUUGGUGACCUUGUUACCCUGAAGGAUCGCCAGCUUACAUCCGUCGGAAAGGAUAUCAAGAAGAUUCUCCAGGGCAAGGGAGACCCCGAAUCCAACGAUCGUUACAACAACGUUCCCAACCUCAACUCAGACAAAUGCAGAAAGGACACCUGCUGUGUCUGGCGCUAUGUCGCCGACGACAUGUACCAGUUCAUGGCUGGAAAGUCUGGCCGCUGCACGAAGUGGGCGCACGCCGCUGUGCGCCUCGGCUUCCACGACGCGGGAACCUGGUCCAAGGCCACCGCCUCGCAGGGUGGUGGUGCUGACGGCAGCAUCAUCCUCAGCGGCUCCGAGAUUGGCCGGUUUGAGAACCGCGGCCUCGGCGAGGUCGCCGCGCGGUUCGCUGAGCUUCACGGCAAGUACAAGGCCAUGGGCUGGAACAUUGGCAUGGGCGACUUCAUCCAGUUCGGUGCCAACGUCGCCACUGUCAUCUGCCCCCUGGGCCCCCGUAUCAAGACCUACGUCGGCCGCAAGGACAGCUCCAACCCGGCCCCCGGUGGUCUCUUGCCCAGCCCCUUCCAGCCGGCCGACCAGCUUAUCCAGCUCUUCCGCGACAAGACCAUCGGCCCGCACGGCCUGGUUGCUCUCCUCGGCGCCCACACCACCAGCCAGCAGAACUUCGUCAACGAGUCCCGCGCCGGCGACCCGCAGGACAGCACCCCUGGUGUCUGGGACGUUCUCUACUACAAGGAGACUCUGAGCGACCGCUCUCCUCCCCGUGUUUUCAAGUUCCCCAGUGAUAUCGCCAUUGCCCAGCACCCCGAGACCAGGAAGGAGUUCAAGGACUUUGCUGGCCCCGGUGGACAGAACCACUGGAACGAGGACUACGCCAGAGAAUACAUUCGUCUUUCACUUCUCGGAGUCGACAACAUCAACCAGCUUACCGAAUGCACCAAGGUCCUUCCCCCUGUUGUCAAGGGCUACCGCAUCCUUGACCAGUAUAAGCUUGACAAGUGGCUCAACAGCUCCGGCAACAGGGGCGCUGCCAAGAAGGUGGCUGAGGAUGUCGAGAACGGCGACGUUGCUUCCGUCGAUGUUCCCCCCGUCAACCCUCGCAACUAG